AUGUGUGAUGUUCCUGGCCUCGUGAGGCUACUGAAAUCUUGCUGCGGUGAUUUCGCCAGGGCGCGCGAGCUCCAUUUGCGUGUCUUGGGCGAUGAGCGCUUGCGAUCCAACGUAAGAAUCAGGAAUGUUUUAAUCGAUGUGUAUGGGAAAUGCGGGAGAAUCGACGAGGCUAGAGAGGUUUUCGAUGGAUUGGAAGAACGAGAUGUUUGCUCGUGGAACUCGAUUGUCACAGCAUAUGCCACAAAUGGGCAUCUUGACAUGGCAAGAGAUUUCUUUGAGAGAACACCAGGCCGAGACGUGGUAUCUUGGAAUGGUAUCACAAAAGCGUGCAGCCACCAUGGCCUGGUCGAUCAAGCGCGAAUUUGGUACGACAGGACACCCUGGCAAAAUGUGGUGUCGUGGACAGCCAUGCUGGCAGCAUAUACCGCGUCAGGGCAUCUGGACGAGGCAAGAAGUAUAUUUGACAACAUGCGUCAGCACGACCUGGUGUCGUGGACUGCCAUGCUGGCAGCCUACGCUGGCAAUGGUCGCGUUCGUGAUGCGUGGAACUUUUUUAUCAGGAUGCCUGAAAGAAAUCUGGUCGCGUGGAACGCUAUUGUGCAAACAUUUGCCCAAAAUGGGCAUUUUUCUAAGGCGGUGGAGACGUGGGAGUCCAUGCCUGACUUGAGCGCUCUUUCAUGGACAAUUAUGAUAUCCGCGUAUGGGAAUCAAGGCUUGGUGGACUUAGCUAAGCGUGUUUUUGACAAAAUGCCGUGCAAGGACAUUGUGGCCUUGACGUCCGUAAUCACGGUUUACGCCCAGAACUGGGAUCUGGAGCACACGGAAUAUGUUUUUGCAAAGAUGCCCUGUUGGGAUUCAGUUGCGUGGACGGCCAUGAUUCAGGCAUACUCUCAGAAUGGAAAGCCUGAGAUGGCAAAGGCUACGUUUGACACUAUGCCCAAACGAACUGCUUUUUCAUGGAAUUGCCUCAUUUCUGCGAGUGCCAUGUACGGGCAUUUGCGUCAUGCUUGUGUAACUUUUGAUAAAAUGCCUGUUCACGACAAAGUUUCAUGGACGACUAUGGUUUCUGGAUUUACGCAAAAUGGCCAGCUUGAGGAGGCUCUGGAGGGUUUUAAUCGAAUGCCCAAGCGGGAUCUAUACACUUGGAAUUCGAUCAUCCAGGCACUCGCCCAGAAUGGCGACUUGAAAACCACACUGGAGCUCGUUGGGUCAAUGCUCCUUGAAGGAGUGAAGCCGAGCUACAUCACCUACGUGAGCGUGCUCACGGCUUGCAAUCACGAAGGCGUGGUUAACUCGGCAAGGGAGCACUUUGGAAUCAUGCUUGAAGCUCAUGGCAUUUUGCCGGUGAUCAAGCACUUCCACUGUUUGAUAGAUGUGCUGGGACGAGCAAGACGGCUACAACAAGCCGAGGAGCUGCUCUACAGCAUGCCCUUUGCAGCCGAUGAGGUUGCCUGGACUACUUUGCUGGGGGCUUGUGCCGUCCAUGGUGAAAUUGAGCAAGGGGAACGAGCAGCGAGGAAUGCUCUUAGGCUAAAUCCUUGCAGCGAUGUUGCCUUCACGUUGCUAUCGAAUGUGCAUGUCAUUGCACACAGCCUGGUCGGAAACACGAUCGUUUACUCAAAGUACGCCGGCACUGAGAUCCAGUUCAAUGGUGCUGACCACAUCCUCCUCAAGGAGGACGACGUGAUUGGGCUGCUAUCCACCGAGGACAUCAAAGAUCUCAAGCCUGUGAAUGAACCCAAUCUUAUUUGUCCUAGUAGAUAUUAG